CGAGUCGGAGAAUAUUGAAAUUAUUUUGUAUGUUUAGAAAAUUCAAGAAUAAAAGUAAACGAAAUUCAUGAAUUCGUCCUUGAUAAUAGGACAUUUGCACAGAAGGUAAAAUAUGCAGUGGAUAUAUGCAUAGCCUAUAAUUUAAGGAAUACAAAUAACUACAAAAAUGUCAUUAGAAGAAAGUUUAAAAGAAACAUGUUCAGGUUUAACAUCUGCCCGUGCUAUAGAGAGGAAGAAAAGUGCAAAUACAUUGAAAGAUUUUCUCACAAGAAAUGCAGUACCCGCUUUACUUACUAGUCACACUAAGAAGAGAUCUGGUUAUAAUUGGAAUCAUGUUUUUGGUGAUAUUAAUGAUUUUAUUAUAAAGGAGACUGAAAAAUGUGAUACCAAGAAUUUUGAUACAGUAACUGCACCACUAUGUACCACACUUUUGCAUUUAUGUGUUGCUGGGUCUAAUAAAGGUCAUGCAUAUAUUAAAUGCCAAUCAAUUAUGGACGCAUGUAUGCAUGUACUAGACAAUAGUCAUAUGAGGAAUGCUAUUGGCGAUGCAUAUUUAAGUUUACUCUACAAACAUGUACUACCUAUUGACCACUAUCUGGGUUUUAUAACACCAGCUUCUUGGGAAAAUUUAUUAGAUGUUGCGAUGUCUGCAUGCCUUUCUAAUCGUUCUUUGGAUGAUCUAGUCAGAAUAAGACUUCUGUGGUUUGUUAUAAAAAACGCUAUUGCCUAUUGCCAGUUUACCACUACACUGAGGGACUCAUUGUCAAAACUCAUAAAAUGUUGUAACAUAGUGCUACUUGAUAAAAAAGUGCAAGAGUUUGUUAUAAAAAUAGUGACUUCACUAUUGGAAGCACUAUCUACAGAAUGUCGUUUGACAAUGUGUGAAUUCAGUGAAAGCAUAUUGCCAGUCCUAUUUAAGCUUUAUGAACCAAGUAUGGAGGAGAAAAACAAGUCUUUGUUAUUUAAGUUGUUCAAAACAGCCGUAUCAAUUCACCAUCCCGAGGGAAGAUUACAAAAAUCAAACGGAGCUUUAGCAUUCAAUUGGGAUGUAUGGAACAAGCAUUUACACAGCAUGUUGGAAAUUGUGUGCUUGGAAGUCAAUCAAGUGCAAAAAAUGAAAAAGCAAAACGACACUACGUCGAUGAAUUGUGAUUAUUUUUAUCAUGUCGCAGCGUCUGCCUACUAUCAGAUAUUUAAUAUGCCAGAAAAAGAAAACGAUGAAUCUGGUGAAUCUUCUGCAAAAAAGCUGAAGAUAUCGUAUAACAGAAAUAAAUCGUUCGAUGAUUUAAUUGAGGAACUACGGGCGAACCCCGUUCCAUGGGUCGGAAUAAUACAUAUGUACGUGAAACACUUCGGUCAUUCGAUGACGUAUAGUCAAAAUUUACUGCUAAUACGUAUUCUUGAAAAAUGUAUAUCUGAUAAUAAUAAAAACGUUAAUUGGGCACGAUUGGAAGAGUUAACGUGUUUGACAAUAAAGAAUAUGCUCGUCCAUUCAGAGGAUAAUGGCCGUGGAAAUUAUGAAGUUGUUUUAUUGUCAUUAUGGAAUACAUGUGUAAGAAAUGCUGCCGUAACGAGUGCAUCACAAAAAGCCAUACAUGCUGUUUUACAAGUAAUUUUACAUUUAGUGCCUUUAAAAUAUGAAAACGUUAAACCUUUAAUUGUGUCAUACAUAGAAAAAGGAAUGCCAGUAAAUGAUCAUUCUCUAAAUACCCUGAACUAUUUAUUUCACAAAUUCUACAGGAAAACGUGCUAUACAGACAUAAGAGAAAAGUGUUUUGCAUGGCUAACAUAUGGAAGUAUUACUUCCAUUGAAAUAUCCAAUUUAAAUGGAUUUUUAUUAAGGCUUUUAAGCAAUGAAAAUUUGCCUCUAAAGCUAAACUGUGAUAUUUUAAACCAGAAUAAUGUUUAUAAUGUUUUAUUCAAUACCACCGAUGAGAGUAUAUUGUAUAGUGAAUUCGAAUAUAAGAUUACAAAAAACAAAGAGAAUACAAUUAAAAGCGAAGAGCUGAAGAGUUUUGAGAUAAAUUCUGUUAUGUUUAAUUUAAUACGGGUAAAUAUUGGAAAAAUCCUCUCUGAUAAUAUAGUUAAGUUGAGAGGAUAUAAUCUUAAAGAUAUUGAGUAUGUAAAAUAUUUGGAAAUAGUCAUCACAUUUUUAGAUUCACUCCUUAAGUACAAAUUAAAGAUAAGGGACGAUGUGAAAGAAAUGCCACUUUUUACUGAACUUAAAACCGCCUUAAAUCUUUUAUACGAAGCAUUAACAAAAACUUUGAAAAGUGAUACACAAAUACGUGACAAAGUGUUGCUACUGAAAGGCGUUCAGGAAAUCCUUUUGAAGGAGUACGAUCAUAUGAUAAAUGUCGAAGUUCGUUCGCACAUCAGAGGUGAUUUUUUUCAUUGUCUUAACGACAUUAUAAAACUUGAUGUUAACUUGGACGAUGAUUGCUUUGAUGAAAGUGAAACAGAGUUCAAUGUGAUUGGAUUAAAACAGAAUUGCAUCUAUGUAUUAGCAGCGUACUGCAGAAAACGUUCCUGUUAUACUGACGAGGUCCUUAAAUGCAUUCUUGACAGGGAAUUGUACAGUUUUACCUGUAACUAUGAAUAUGCCUUUCAUUGUAUAAGAAUGCUUAAUGACUCAACAGUGGAAAAGCAACCUCUUGAGUUAGUGUUUAGCCUAAUGCAGAACAUGUGCAAGGAGAUGUUCAGAAAUCCAAAGGUCACUCGUUGUUUGCUUGAAAUACUUUCGGCAAUGCUCGAGCGAAUAUGGUCUCAUAAUGACGAUAUAAUCCGCCAAAACUGUGUCAUUAUGAUAAAAAGCUAUCUGCAAAGAUGCUCCGACAAUUAUUACCCUCCAGAGGUCGCCGCUUUAGUUUACGAAUGUCUGGCAAAAAUUGUCCAAUUGAAAAGUUUACAUGAUUAUGAUGUCAAUAAUUCGUUCAAAAGGACACUCCUAGAGAAAAUAGUUGAAAAAAGUGAACACAAAAUUCGAUUGUAUUGUUCCCAUCUACUGAGUGUUAUAGGCGAUCAUUUCUGCGAUGACGACCUACAAUUUAUAUCUGAGAAUUUAUUGAACAUAUUUGUAAUUAACGUAAGUGAAAAUAAUGAUAUGGUAUUAAGGGAUGAAAAAUUCAAUAGAACAGCCACCGUUUUGCAUACUUUCUACGUAAUAGGCACAACUAAAAAGUCGUCAAUACACAAAAUAAUAUUAAAAGUACUGCAAUUCCAAUAUGUAAAACCUAUGGAAAAUGAUAUGGUUAAGAAAGUUCUUAACUUGCUGACAGGAAUAGUUAUAGACAGUAAUAUUGAUGUUUAUAUGAACAACAAUGUAUUGCGCGUGUUACAUUACUGGUUUAAAGAAAAUAAUGGCUUUAAAAACUUACCGCUACACCUGUUUGGUUUCGCCGAUAUGAAUCGUCUUAUAGAAGAGCAUAUGAAUUGGUUAAUUCCAGCCGAUGUUCUAUGGAGUCAUAACGGCAUAUUCGAAAAUAGUAACGUUUUAAGAUAUGUUAGAGAGAAGAAAAUGAAGUCUACUGAAAAUAUAAUUGAGGAAUGCUUCUGUAACAUCAUAGCAUUGUGUUUGCCUCAUAUCGUCAUUCAAAAGUACAAACUCGAAGAGGAAAAUUAUUUCAGCUUGCGAGAAACAGCUAAUGCUAACAGAAUGUUUCAAUUGACGCGACAGAUUCUAAAGAACGGCAGAUGGAGUAAUCUGUUCGUCGAAAAUUUGGGUGAAAUAAUGCUGUUAUCUGCUGCACACGUGAAGGAUUACGCUGGAGCGUCCGAGCUUUUUGGCGUGCAACUGUCGGAAAACGCUGACCCCUUCACAUAUUCUCGACGAGUAUUUUCUGCUAUACUUAAAUAUUUUGGGGAACUUAUCGAUGGAAACAUUAUGCAGUACAUGUGCGAAAACCAACCGUUGAUCAUUUUAAAUAUUCUAUUUAAGCUAUGGAAUUAUGUGUUGCACGAAAAGGUGUUAGAGUUCAAAAUACUGCAUCUUCACUCUUAUGUCUCUUGCAUCGAAAAUAUUCCCUUGGGAUACACUUCGGACGCUAUUCUAUGUAAUUUUGCCUGUGAUAGUAUCGCUCACGGCAUUAAAGGUUCACAUAGUGAAGAUGAGAUCAAAAUGUUUGUGGAUGCUUUAAGAAUUGUCAUUACAAAAGUUUUAACCGAAACGCCCAAAAGUGUAGAUAGUAUUGAAAUGUCGGUUCUUCCUAAAAUUGUCUCAAUAUUGACAAUCAAAACUGAAGAAGGAUUUGUUUUGCAAUGUAGUUCUUUACUAAAAUAUCUGACAGAGGAUAUGAAAGAUUAUUUAACUGGGAGUGUGGAUGUCAUUGAUUUUGUAAACUUCAUAACUGAAUAUAAGGAAGAAGAAAGUUCUCCAAGUUCUUCGAGAAUUGACUUCGAGCAUAAACUAAAAACAUACACACUUAACUUAUCUAACCCAAGUUGUGACACAUUAUCAAGGAUGUGUAGAUUUUUGAAACAAAACAAAGAAUUUGUUAAAGAAUUAUACGCGGAUAUUAAUCGAAACGGGUUCUCCGAAAUUUGUAAAACUAGUUUGGUACAUCAAGUUAUUCUUUCUUUGAACAACAUCCUCAAAAAUGCUACUGAAGAGAAGAUAAUAAUUGAAGCCUGUAACUGUCUAGCAGAAAUUGGGACUUAUGAUAUAAAAACACUCGUGACCGUACCACCUGUUGACACGCAAAACAUUCUGAAUCUAAGUCCUAGACAGUUCUUUUUGCAAGCGGUAAUAUUGAGCCUCUCCGAGCAUCUUUUUAACGAGGAUCCUACCGUGAGCAAUAAGAUCACAAAAGCUUUGAGUCGACUUUUGAAGUUUCGCGAUGGGAAAGCAGCUUUAGAGCUCAUCGACGCUAACACGGAAAUCUUGCAAUCUCUCGUGUCCACUAACUGCGAGAAUUUUGUCGAUUACCAAAUCGAUAGUGCUAAAUUUGACAGAUGCAAGUCAAUCGAUUAUUGGAUCCCAAUCAGAAGUGAAAAUCAUUCACAAUGGAUCAUUCGUAUAACUAUGGGCUUACUAGAUUUAGUUGGGUCCAACGCGAAUUUUAUUCCUUCUCUCCGAUCUGUCUGUGUCUUAAAGCCUGCAAUUUGUGGAAAAAUUCUGCCAGCUCUAAUGGGACUAAUUCUUGAUUGCUCCACCGAUAUUCACGUGGGAAUAUUCGGGGAGCAAAUUAAUGAAGUGUUCAAAUACAUUUGGACUUUGAGCUUCAAUGACAGUUUUGACAGUAGCGAAAUUGAUGGUGGUUCUAAGGUGUCUACCAAAAUAAAUCACGAUCAGAAGAUAAUUGUUCAGUACUUGUUGGAUGUGGUUGAUUGCCUUCGUAUGCAGAGGAACCAUUACAAGGCACGUAAAAGAGGACGCACGUCAGAUACACUAAACUAUCUUAAUCUCGAUUAUCUGUGGGUGUCUUGGGGUGCGGCGGUGACUGAGCGCAGUCUAGCCGCCCUUUACUAUGGCGAGUUAUGGGCCGCUGCCAGCAACGGAGCUGUCCCGCCAUCUUCACCUGAAGCCACGACAUCUCUGGAGAACGGGGAGCACGUCCAAAAAAUAUUCAGAAGGUGUUAUGUAUCGAUAGGCGAAAUGGACGCUAUAGAUGGAUGCGGUAAUGCACAUCUAACAAGUGAGCGUGAGAAACGCAAACAUCUCAUCAAUACCGGCCAGUUCUCCGAUGCGUUAUUCCUGCACGACAUUGCGCUUUCACGGGGAGCUCUUGACGAAGAUAUCCUCUAUGGAACUAUCACUUGUCUUCACAAGUCCGGGAUGCAUCAUCUUGCUCUGCGGUAUAUUAAAUCUUAUCCGGAGAACGAGGAACUCGAUGAUGUUAAGUACGACUGUUUGUCGUAUCUAGGCGAUUGGAGCGAUUUUGUUGAUACGACAGAGUUGGAAGAAAAAUCUAAAAGAGGCCACUGUAAGCAUGAUUCGAUAAUUAAAGCGAUGCGGUACGCGUGCCUAAAAGAUUGUAUGAAUUUACGUACCGCAAUAGAAAUCGACACGAAACUCGAAAAACCUUUGGAUAGAGCAAAAUUGGCGACUGCAAAAUUAUGUCAGAGUUUAAAUAUGGAAAACUGUCAAAACGUGUAUCGAAUCGUAUCGAAUUUACAUCUGUUUCGCGAUAUUGAGACCUAUUUUUCGGUCAGAUGUGGUAAAAUGACGAUACCUGUACUUUUAAAUGAGUGGAAAAUUGAGAAUCUACCAGCUUUCAAUGAUUUCAAGUAUCUCGAGGGGUUAAUAUCACAAAGAAGUUUGAUGCUGGAGCAUAUCUCAAAAAAUGAUUUUACGUGUUUACCUAAAGUAGACGACUUGCAAUUAAAAUAUGCUGAAUUUGGUCUAUCAAAUCAAAGAAUACAAAUGGCACAGCGUCUUGUAGCAGCCGUAAAGCACGAUGAAACGACGAGCCAAGUGGCCCUUUUAGAGAGUCAAAUUUCUUGGGCCAAAGGCCAUAAGGAUAUAGCGUUAUCUUUGCUUAAUGAAAUCGUUACGAAGGAAUAUGAAGACAAGAAACUAACUGCGAUGUCUUUAAGGCAAUACGGUUUGUGGAUGGCAGAAUGUAAACGUGAAAAUGGCAAAGAUAUUAUACGCAACUAUUUGGAAAAGAGUUUGCAGAAAUUAGGCGAUAAUGACGAUGUAGCGACAAGAUUGAAAGUUUACGCAGACAUCGCUAAAUUUGCUGAUGCAGAAUACAAACAGGUUGUAAGCUAUAUGGACUCUUCUGUAUUCGAGAUCAAAGUAAAAUGUAUAGAAAACAUGCAAGACACAGCGGCGUCGUUGGUGCAGUCACAGAACAAUCUAACAAGGGAUGAAAAGAAGGCGUUAAUGACCAGUAAUGCAUUUAGUCGACUUGACAAAGCAGAAAUCGAUAAUACUAGAGCCGAAAAGGAAAGUGCCCUAAAGUUAGCUAUGAGGUACUACUUGUUGUCUUUGUCGCAGUGUGACGGAAAUAAUUUGUCUGUGUUCCGAGUGAUAUCUCUAUGGGUUGAUAAUCCCGGCCUCGACUUGGAAGAUGCUAGUGACGCUGACAGCGGCCCCUUAGGGCAACUACUGCACGCCAUACCUUCGUGGAAGUUCAUUACGGUUCUACCGCAACUUGCUCCAAGAAUGUCUAACGAAAAUACUCCAUUUGCACGCCAUCUAAAGCAAAUAAUAAAAACCUGUGCCAUAGACCAUCCCCAUCACACGCUUCCGAUUCUGUUCAAUCUGAAGAACUCGGAGAAGGACCAAAACAUAAGUACGUUGGGUGAAACCUCUCAAACAAACAGUCAAGAGCCGCGAAUACUUGCGGCCACUGCGCUUAUUCAAGAACUAUCUACAGAGAGCAAUGAGCUUGCGAAGAUUAUUGCUCAAAUGGAGCUAAUUUGUGACGCUACAAUAAGGUUUGCUUACUACGUACCAGAAUCUAAGGACACAAGACCACAAGCGAUACCGACAUCCGAAUCUAUAUCUCACCUCCGCGACCUUAACGCUGUACCCAUUCCUACCGACAAUAUUUCCAUACGUAAAAACUGUAACUACUCCAAGCUAAGCACCCUGUCAUCGUUUGAAAAGCAUUUUGAGCUGGUAGGAGGUAUCAAUUAUCCAAAGAAGAUAUCAUGUUUAAGCUCUGAUGGAAGAAAGAGAAUCAUGCUCGUGAAGGGAGAGGAUGACUUGAGGCAAGAUGCAGUGAUGCAGCAAGUAUUCAAUAUCGUAAAUUCAUUGCUAAAAAACAAUCCCAUCACAGACAGAAAUAAAUUACAUAUUCGUACAUACAAGGUAGUGCCUAUGUCUCGACGUUCAGGUGUUUUGGAAUGGUGUGUGGGAACUAUGCCUAUAGGUGCUUACCUUGGCACUGCUCAUACAAAAUAUCGACCUCAGGACAUAUCGCCCACAGCCGCACGUUCAAAACUCAAAGAUUGUCACGAUACUAAGAGGCCUACAAAACGUAAACUGGAAGUAUUCAAUGCUAUUCUAAAAGUGUUUAGACCAGUGUUCCAUUAUUUCUUCACUGAACACUACCUGGAUCCUGUCACUUGGUAUGAACGCAGGCUCGCUUAUACCAGAAGUGUUGCCACGUCAUCCAUGGUGGGAUACAUAAUGGGAUUGGGUGACAGACACGUGCAGAACAUUCUUAUUGACAAGACCACUGCAGAAGUUAUACACAUUGAUUUUGGAAUCGCAUUUGACCAAGGAAAAGUUUUACCCACUCCGGAGACUAUUCCGUUCCGUUUGACUCAAGACAUUGUUGCUGGUUUCGGCUCAAGUGGCGUUGAAGGGAACUUCAGAAGGUGCUGUGAGAAGACUCUACAAUUGCUCCGUGACAAUCAGGAGACACUGCUCACAAUUUUAGAAGUUUUGCUGUGCGAUCCCUUGUACCUGUGGAUAGUGUCGACCACUUCUAAAGCAAAGGCUACUAAUGCACGAACAAAACUCUCGCUUGGUGGAAAAGCUGCGAAUAAAGGCCCAGCGGCAAGUGUUACUAAAGCGAGCGGGGGUGGAGAAGAGGGUUCCGGGGGGCUGGCUGGAAGGGCUUUACUAGCGGUGCGUUGUAAGCUUUGCGGCGCUGAAGGGGGCGCGGCAGGGGGCGUGUCCGUACGCGGCCACGUAGCGCGCCUCAUACACGAAGCAACCGACCCCGCCAACCUAUGCCGGCUCUUCCACGGGUGGCAAGCCUACUUGUAAAUUGAAACCAACCUCACCGAACCCGUUACAAAUAAAUAUCUAUAAAAAUGUACCUAAGAUGAUUAAAAAUUUUAAUAUGUU